GUCAACGUUAGUUAGCUCCCUUGAACAUAUAGUUCAAUACUGAUGCGUAAUACAUGAAUAUAUAAACAGGCGACAUGGCAAUCCCACCACCUGAUAAACAAAUAAGAGUAGUAAUGGUUGGUAAGACAGGGUGUGGCAAAAGCGCGAUGGGCAAUUCGUUGCUUAACCAUUCAGUGUUUCUGUCCGAGACAAAGGUACUAGAUAAUAGAGCAGCAAUUGAAGUCAUUGAUGCGCCAGGACUGUUUGAUACCAAGAAAACCAUUACGCACAGAUCAGAAGAAUUUUAUUCUUCAUUUUGUCUAACACCACCAGGCCCGCAUGUAUUUGUCUACGUUAUUAAAAUAGAUGAUAGGAUUACUGAUGAAUGCAUACGUUCCUUCAACCUGCUUAAGGAUAUAUUUGGUCCACAAAUCAUCCAGUACCUUGUUAUAGUUUUCAAUUGGGAACCUAAAGAUCGGGACACAACAUUAACGAUACAAGAAUCAGAAUAUUUGAAGGAAAUCAUAAAGGAAUGUCAAGACAGAUAUGUAUGUUUGGACGAUGUUGAAAAGCCAAGUUAUGGAAACUGUGGAAAUCUUCUUAACAUGAUCCUUGACACUGUUAGGCGCAAUGGCGGAAGUCACUAUACACGUGAUAUGUAUAGCAGGGCUGUAGAACAAUAUAAUGCUAAACUGAAACUAGUGGAAGAUAACCGGAAACUGGCACAGCAAGUGCAAGUGUUAAAAGGUUUAAUUGCAAAAGAGGAAUUGAAGAAUAAACAAACAGGUUUCGUGGAAAGGGGACGAAUGCCGACGGCCCAGUUUAACAAAAUACAGGCAAAUUACAUAGCUUUACAGAAACACAUAGAAAAUCCCCGUGAUCUUUGCGGAUUAUUGUUUUCUGCUUCUGUAUUUGACGAAGAGUACAAAAGAAUAAUAGAGUCCAAAAAAGAUCGAAUUGAGCUGACAGAUAAAUUAUUAAUGACCUUGACAGAGUGUGGUCAAAGCGCCUAUGAUAAAUUUUUACUGGCACUUUCUGCUACGGGCCACUACAAGGCAAGACAAAUACUAGAACAAGAUGCAUGUGAAGAUGUUGCGGCUGUCAAAGAUAAUAGGUACUUGGGUAUGAACAUAAAGUUUCCAGAUCUAAAAUACCAUUCUGAAUAUAGUGAUCCAAAUAGCGACAAAUAUAAAGAAUUGAAAGAUGAACUAGAAACGUUAAUUAGAGAGUAUGGGUGUGACGCAACGGUAAUAAGCCUCAGCCAUGACCCCGUUGUUGUAAGUUUUGUUUUUACUACGUCUUCUACGACAGAUGACGACAAUGUAUUAGAAAUCUUACACAAGGCUCUGAAGCCUGGCUACUUAGGUCACUACAAAGUAUCAACAGAUGAUUUUCUAUUUUGUCGAAUUGGAGCAUGGUUAACUAACAGGAACACCGAUGACACAGAAGAAGUAACUCCAGUAAUUGGAGAUGAAAAUACAGUUAGCUCAACUGAGCAACAAAGUGGUGGUGUUAUUGUUGAAUGCGUUUUAACUACUUCGAAGUCUGAAUUAAAUAACUUACACCCAAUCCUAGAAACAGCCGUAAAAUCUGGCAGCUUUGGCCCAUACAAGGUUUCAACAGACCAAUUCUCUUUUCAUCAAAUUGGAGGGUGGUUAAAUGAGAAAGCAGAGAAAUCUGAUGAACUGGGAGCUGGUGCAAGUAGUGUUAUGUUAAAUGAACAGGCUACCCUGCCCGACAAGAUGAAAACCGACAAGUCGAAUUUUAAAAGCACAUCUUCGAGUAGAAACAUUAGAAAGCGAGAUGCAGAGCCGCUUACACAUUCUAGUAGCAGAAUGGAUACUUCAAGUACUUCGGACGUAUCAGUGACACCCCAAACAGAACCAGUCAUGUCUGGUACUGAUUAUAAGGCAGAACAGCACCCCAAAGUGUCACGACAGACGACGGCUACUAGUGACCGUGAAGAAUUGAGGGUGGUUUUGGUCGGGAAAACUGGUCGAGGUAAAAGUGCACUAGGAAACAGUUUACUGCGGUCAGUUUUUGGGUCAUCAGCUUCGAGUAAUUCGGUUACAAGCAACUGUACAGCCGGUUACCUGGAUAUUCAGGGUGACAAGAGGUUGGUUGUAGUUGACACACCGGGUUUAUUCGAUACCCGGGAUACCAAUGACGAAAUUUCAAAAGAAUUGGUUCGCUGUAUUGCUCUUGCAUGCCCUGGCCCACACGCGUUCUUGUUUGUUCUGAGUAUUGACAGAUUUACUCAGGAAGAACUGGAUACGGUAGACCAUCUACGGGAAUUAUUUGGAGAAGAGGUAAUGCGUCACGUCAUCUGUGUCUUUAGUUGUAAAGACUCACUAGAGACUAAGGGAAUAACACUUGAAGAGUAUAUACAAAAAUCACCACCACAACUUCGAUCACUGAUCGACAGAUGUGGCGGGCGAGUGGCAACGAUUAAUAACCGUGCGCCAACUGGAUCAAUUGAGGGCGAUGUUAAUAUAAUUCUGAGUUUGGUAGAACAGACCAUACUUUCUAACUGUGGUAAACACUACACGGAUGCUAUGUUUGUAGAAGCAGAGAAGGUUUACCAAAGCAGAGUAAAAGAACGGAAAGAAGAACUUGCCAAACAAGGUCAACGACUAAUGGAGUAUGAAUUGAGAGAGCACUUUCGAAGGCAGGUUGAAGAAAAUGAUGGUAUUCUACUAACGUUUGCCAAAGGUAUUCACAAUGUAUUAACGAAAACAGGAACUGUAAUUCGUCAAACAAUCGGAUCAACUUGGCUUGAGCUGAAAGGUUGUCUUUAAUAACCAAACAUUGUUCUAGCCUAACGCCUAUUAUUCGUUGUCAAUCUAAUUGAAAUACAAAUCUGUUGUUGUUCUAAGUGUUUAACGUCCGCUUCCGCCGAAGGUGAUAUCGCAGACAAGUCUUAUUUUUCAUUAUCAUUGUCUCAGUGCACGCGCAGGGGUCUUUCCUAUGGGAGGAAACCGGAAUGCCACGAGGUUGAGAAGGCACCCCAUGGCCAUCCCAACCCCUCAUACAAAUCUAUAUUUCGGUUCGCUUUUAUACUUUAGACAUCCUUACAAAACUACAGAAAUGAUUAAACAAAAAAAAGUUAACGCCCUAAACAAUCGUCGUACUUGUUUCCAAUUUGUAGAACACACACGGCCGAUUGCUUACAGCGUACAAAAACAGAGUCAGGCCACGCCGACAUCCGGUAUAUGCCUUGUCAAGCACAGUGUCCACAUCCGGCUGGCAAUAUUUCAACUACCAAUUACCUCCUGACUGAUUGACGUUUUAUCAUUGUCAGCUAACUGAAAAAAUUAUUGCUACACAAUUAUUAUAUCUGAUCAUGUACGUAUUAUUUUACUAAUUAGACGAAAUAAGUCAACCACGAUGUACUUUUACCCUAUAAAUAAGAGAAAACUGCCUUAUCCCAAACAUCUACCAACACCAACCAAUUCUAUGUUGUUAACAUAACUACUUAUGUCCCAUGAUCGUCAUAAAUAACAACAGGGUGGUGUCUAUUUUGAAGUGAAAGUAUACUUAUUUGAUGGAGAGGACAACAGUUUUAUUGCUGCUUUGGGUAAAUUUUGGAACGAUAAUACUAAACAUUUCACGAAAUAAGAAAAUUGGCUUGUGUUAGUAGAUUUGUUAUUGUUUGGGGUAAGGCAGUUUCGUGAUUGACUUAUUUUGUCUAAUUAGUAAAAUAAUAUGUACGUCAAUCAGUCAGGAGGUAAUUGGUAGUUAAAAUAUUUCUAGUCGAGUGUGGAUAUUGUUCUCGGCAAUUCAUAUACUGGAUGUGAAUGUGGCCUACCUCUAUUUUUAUACGCCGUAAGCAAUCGGCCAUGUUUGUUCUACAAAAUGAAAUCAAGUAUGUCGAUUGUUUAGAGCGUUAACUUUUUUUAAUUUAAUUAUUUCUGUAGUUUUGAAAUUGGAGUUCAGCUUUAAUGCACUUUUCAAAGUGAAUGGUACAAAUUUCAAUCUAUUGUGAUAGUCAUAUGUCAACUGUAUAUUUAUAACACGUUUACUUAACAUUUUGAAUUGAAAGUUUAUUUAUAACACGUUUAAUUAACAUUUUGAAUUGGAAUUUUAUUGUGCUGACACUACUGUUUGUGUGAAUACAACCCCACAUAACUUAAACAUAAAUAUCUUUUAUAACCCUAUUACGAUAUGAUCAAGGGGCAUAAAUACUUUAUUUAAUAAUGCUUUCGGUAGUUCGAUGUAAAGAUCGUAAUAAAACUGCGUAAAUAUGUUUUUUGGAGAAUGUAUAGUUUACUUGCACUUGCAUUAAGCAACGGGCUAAUCUUAAAUCCCAGAGAAUAAAGUGUUUAUUUAAAGUAACUCAAGACAGAGAUUAGUUUAGAACUGUUUUGUUUUUAAUUUAUAGUUCGGGUAUUCCCUUGCUGUGUCUUCGUUUCGAUUAUUCCUCACAAUAACACUAAAAAUGUACGAUCCAUCGUUAACCAAUAAAAACAGUAAUUAGUUGUAUUUUGGGGGUUAAUUGUGAGUAUCAAAAUUACAGCUGUUGCGCCAUCCUCUGAUGUUGACCUACCAUUAUUUGGGUUUUAUAGCGGCGGGGUGUGAAAAAUUAAGUAAACAAAGAAAUAUCGAAAACAAAGAAAUAUCGAAAACAAUGGAUUAUAGACUGUAUCAUUAUUAGUACUGUUUAUCUAGUUAACGGUUAACUAUGUUAAUGAUUAAAAUAUAUGUGAUAAUUUCAUAUGUCAUCGGUUAUCAAGUACCUUAAAUAUUAUUCAUUUAUCUUGAAUUCAAAAUUUACUCAUGAAUUAAUCAAAUAUAUGAUUAGAAACUCACUAACACUGUAUACGCAUAUUUAGCACUCCAAUUACUACAUUUUUUUCUAAAUAUUAUUGCGGAAAUACUGAAGUGUUAACACGGUUUUAGUGAUCGAACUGGUGAUGUGAGUAAAAAGUGCUACUGAUUAUGCCACGCUAUUUCAUAAUUUAUGGGUUUAUGAUUUGUUUUUAAUACAUUUUUGUCUAUUUCAUGUAGAUUGUGGUAUAUGUAAUAAACUAUAUAUAAAAGUGA